AUGAUUGAGGACAUGGAUUGCAAGGUCAGUGAAUCAAUGGAUGCUUCUUUUCCAGCUGAUGAUAAUGACGAAAAUAGUCUUGGUGAUUUUGAAUGCAAUAUAUGUUUCGAGCUGGUCCAGAGUCCCAUUGUAACACUUUGUGGCCACCUCUACUGUUGGCCUUGUCUUUACCAAUGGCUGCAAGUUCAUUCUUAUUCACAUGAAUGCCCUGUCUGUAAAGCUAUCAUAGAGGAGGACAAACUUGUUCCCAUUUAUGGAAGAGGCAAAGGAAGAUCUGAUUCCAAACCACGCCAGAUUCCUGGGCUUGAUAUUCCAGAUCGGCCAGUGGGGCAAAGACCGCCGACAGCUCCCCCUGUAGAGAUUAACUAUUUCCGGCAGGAUGAGUUGGAUACAAUGCCUGCUCCAAGGUUUGGGAACUUGACGCUGUCUGCACUAUUAGGUAUUAUUCCUGCCUUUUUUACUUGGCAGGUGAACGGAGUCAAUGAUGCCACAGUGUAUGGUGCAACCACAGGAGUCCCUUACGUGUUUUCUAGUUCAUUCCACGGAGGUUAUGGUCAUGGUUUUCAUCAUUAUUCACCUCAAGCUGAGGGCAAACAGUUUUUGAAGAUAUUUGUACUGCUUCUAGGCUCGUUUUUUAUCCUUCGGCUAAUUUGGUAG